GUUGCCUACCUGGAGAAUUUAGGGGUAACAUACAUCAAUGAAAAGAAAGUUGACCAAGGACAGAAAACUGUUCUGAAACAUAAUGACCGCAUAGCGAUCACUAAGCCACAUCUGACAGUGUUCGUGUACCUGGACAAGUCACGUUGUGACGCACUGAGCGGAAACUUCCCCGAGAGGAUCAGUGAAAAGUACCUGGUAUCCUACUCCCUGGGCGAGGGUGGUUUUGGAGAAGUUUCGCUAAUAUUUGAGAAGAGCACAGGCAAGAGAUAUGCGAUGAAGACAGUAAAGAAGCACCCAAAUAUUCUCAAGUAUGUGCACACUGAAGCUGAGAUCCUGCGAAAAAUCAGACAUCCCUGUGUCAUCAACACAGAGGAGGUUGUGGACACGUCCUCCAUCCAGUUCAUUGUAUUGGAGUUCAUGGAGGGGGGUGACCUGUCCAGGCGUGUAUAUCCACACAAGACACUCCAGGAGGCUCACAUAAAACUCAUCUUCUUCCAGUUGGUACUAGCGAUUCAGUAUUUACACCAACAAAAUAUUGUGCACCGUGACAUUAAGCCUGCGAACAUUCUGCUGACAUCUAAACGUCCUGAGACUCUCAUAAAAGUGGCAGACUUUGGGGUGUCUAAGAUUCUAAGACCAGGCACUGAGAUGGAUACAAACGUAGGGACAUCAUUCUACAGAGCACCUGAGGUCUUUACUAACACACAAGUGUACACGAAGCAGGUGGACAUCUGGAGCAUGGGGAUCGUUCUUUAUUUUUGUCUGAGUUCCCAGAUGCCCUUUAAAAGAAUAGAGGAUGUCAAGAGAGGGAUUGUUCCAUUCUCAGAUCACAACUGGCGCAGUGUAUCAAGCACAGUGACUAGUCUCAUCAAAGGCAUGCUCAGAACUGAGCCCACACAGCGACUGGGAAUCACCGAGGUGCUGUCUCACUCAUGGCUGAAGGAUCAGACCAUGAGGAGGAAGGCACACAACCUCAUGUGGCCUGGGACACCUUAUGUUGAGCAGAAGCUGGCUACUCCUAGUCCGUCCUUCCAAAGAGCAAGUAGCUUGAGGCAGGGGCCACGAGGAGUACUACAGUUCAUGACUCACAAACGCACUGGGAGUGCACAGUCACUGAACAAAAUACCUUCACCACCAGGAACAGGUGAAGGUGCUGAAUGGAACCGUCCAAUGAAAUUAGCAGCCAGGCCACCAGUACUGAAUGUUGGCAAAGCAGCCCAUCCAUCACCAAAACCAGUCAGAAGCCCGGGCAGACCAGCAGCUGUAGUACAUUAUAAACCAGUGAGAGAAGUCAUACGUGAAUUUAACAAUAAGUAGUCGGCAGAAAGCAGGACAUGUGAGGUCACUUUUGUGUAUGUGAGCAGUGAAUGAGCCCAGUAACUGGCUUGGGUUCACUUCCACCAUCUGUUUUCCACCUAAUGGUAUUUGUUCUACUUGUGCAGAGGAUGGAGAGGUCAUCUGUGUGACACAUCUGCCAGCCUGGCACUGUUACAAACUUCCUUGACAAGAAAGGUCCAAAACACUUAGAUAAUUCUUGUCAAUCAGAACUGUCCCUUUAAAUAUUUUUGUUUUUUUGGAUUUUCAUCAAGUUCAGAAUGUUAUACAUAAAAUUCUUACGCUUCUGAGUCAUAAUAAAAGACACUGCUUAUCUGAAA